UCUUGAACGCAGCACUGAGCCGCAAAGCAUUGUGGGAUUGCAUGCCGGUCCGACGUUUCUCGAAGGAACUGCAAAGAUGAUGCCCACACCCGUUAUCCUGCUGAAGGAAGGGACAGACUCGUCCCAGGGAAUCCCUCAGCUCAUCAGCAACAUCAAUGCCUGCCAGGUCAUUUCUGAGUCAGUCAGGACCACCCUUGGACCCAGAGGGAUGGACAAACUGAUUGUGGACAACAGAGGUAAGGCCACCAUCUCCAACGAUGGAGCCACCAUCCUGAAGCUGCUGGAUGUGGUUCACCCUGCAGCCAAGACCCUAGUGGACAUCGCCCGGUCACAGGACGCCGAGGUCGGCGAUGGCACCACUUCAGUCACUCUCCUCGCUGCAGAGUUCCUGAAGCAGUUAAAACCGUACGUGGAAGAGGGUCUCCACCCUCAGACCAUCAUCCGAGCGUUCCGCACAGCCACCGGCCUGGCGGUCAACAAGAUCAAGGAAAUCGCUGUACCUGUGAAGAAAAACGACAAACAGGAGCAAAGGCAGCUUUUGGAAAAGUGCGCGGCCACGGCGCUCAACUCCAAGCUGAUUGCCGGCCAAAAGGAUUUUUUCUCCAAGAUGGUGGUGGAUGCUGUCAUGUCUCUGGAUGAGCUGCUGUCGCUCAAGAUGAUUGGCAUCAAGAAGGUCCAGGGAGGAGGCUUGGAGGAUUCUCAGUUGAUUUCUGGAGUUGCCUUCAAGAAGACUUUCUCUUAUGCGGGCUUUGAGAUGCAGCCCAAGCGUUAUGAGAAGCCAAGGAUUGCAUUGCUUAAUGUGGAGCUGGAGCUGAAGGCCGAGAAGGACAACGCUGAGGUUCGAGUGAAAUCUGUGGAGGACUACCAAGCCAUCGUGAAUGCAGAGUGGAACAUCCUUUACGACAAGCUGGAGAAGAUCUACCAAUCAGGAGCCAAAGUGGUCCUGUCCAAAUUACCCAUUGGAGAUGUGGCCACUCAGUACUUUGCUGACAGAGACUUGUUUUGUGCUGGAAGGGUCCAAGAGGAAGACCUGAAGAGGACCAUGAUGGCUUGUGGGGGCUCCAUCCAGACAUCAGUAAGUAACAUGACAGAUGAUGUCCUGGGCCUGUGUGAGCUCUUUGAGGAGGUGCAAGUGGGAGGAGAAAGGUAUAACUUCUUCAAGGGAUGUCCCAAGACUACGACGUGCACCAUCAUCCUGAGGGGCGGAGCAGAACAGUUCACAGAGGAGACGGAGAGAUCGCUGCAUGACGCCAUCAUGAUUGUGCGCAGAGCCCUCAAGAAUGACUCUGUUGUGGCAGGAGGCGGGGCUGUGGAGAUGGAGCUGUCCAAGUACCUGAGGGAUUAUUCCAGAACCAUUCCAGGCAAGCAGCAGCUUUUGAUAGGUGCCUACGCCAAGGCCCUGGAGAUCAUCCCACGUCAGCUGUGUGACAACGCCGGCUUCGACGCCACCAACAUCCUCAACAAGCUGCGUGCUAAACAUGCCCAGGGCGGCAUGUGGUACGGAGUGGACAUCAACAACGAGGACAUCGCAGACAACUUUAACGCCAGCGUGUGGGAGCCGUCAGUUGUUCGCAUCAACGCGCUGACCGCAGCCUCGGAGGCGGCUUGCCUCAUCCUGUCAGUCGACGAGACCAUCAAGAACCCACGCAGCAGUAUGGACGGACCACCAGGCGGCGCUGGAAGGGGCAGAGGCCGCGGUAGACCCCAUGCGCAUUAAGACCCAGUUAAAAAGGAGCUUUGGAGUCCAAAUAUAGUAUUUGGAUGUCUGAAGAUGGAAGUAGUUACCCACACAUAGCAAACUGCAUUUUCUUUGACAUUUCAUGUAUGAAUACUUUUUUCACCGUGAGUUUUGCCAUCAUCCUCUCCACCUCUGGAACUGUUCUGUAACUUUCAUCUUUGACACAGGAAACAUGCACUGAAAGGAGAAGUUCUUAACAUGCAUCAAGUGCUCUCAUAUUUAUUGGAACAAACUUAACAAUAAAUGCACAGAUUAAGAAGUUA